UGCCUCCUUGUCCUCUUGCAAGAGACGGAUCUGGCCUCUUUGAUCAGAUCCUGUUCGAUACUAGACUGCUCUUGUCGAGUGCCGCUUAGUCGGUUCCUGCGAUGCGUCCUCAGGGCUCCAUCACCCCCUCUUAAUAACAAGUGACCCCGCCCACUUGAUCGACCCACGAGGGUCCGAUUCACGGUGAUUCAGAAAUAGUAUUUCUCGAUCAUCAUCACGAUGGCUGAGAGCUCUGCCACCGAAGGUCUGUUGGCCUUUUGGCACUCAUACCGCCUGCCUAUCCUCCUCGCCCUUGCUACCGUUGUCGUCCUUCUGAGAGCUUAUGGAAAGGCUCAGCCCAAGUCGAAAACCGCCACUGCAUCCUCGAUCCCGUCAUCGCCUCGCAGCCAUUCCCCGGAAAAAAGCGAAAAGAUCGCUAGCAACCAUGACGAGGAGCCGAUUGUGAAGGAAUCCAACACCCAGGUCGUGGAGAAGGAGUCAGCGAAGCCUGGUCCAAAGCGCGUCACCGGAAAGAAACCUGCCAAGGUCGCCGGCCGACGCAGAGGAUCUGACCAAGAACCUGCCGUCUCGUUUAUUCAGCCCAUCAUCUUCUUCGCUUCGUUGACUGGAAACACCGAGAGAUAUGCGCAGGCCUUGCUGGAGGAUUUGCGUGCUGCUGCGCGCGAUCGCGCCGAUCCUGAGAACCGCGAUCGCGCCCUUCUUCCCCCUCAGAUUCAUGAUUUGUCGUACAUCGACUUUGAUGACUUUUUCAUCACCGCACCGAAGCCCCCGUCGACCUCGCCAGGAACGCGUUACGUUUAUUGCAUGCUGGUCCCGACCUACAACAUUGACACCGUCCUGAACACCUUCCUUGGCCACCUCGAUGAAACCCACAAUGACUUCCGCAUUGACACCGCACCUCUCGCUGGUCUGGCGGGUUACUCCGUCUUUGGAUUUGGAGAUAAGGAAGGGUGGCCCACCGAAGAGGAAGGUUUCUGCUCGCAAGCUAAAGAACUGGACCGCUGGAUGGCCAAGCUUACCGGCAAGAAGAGAGCCUACCCGCUAGGGUUCGCUGAUGUCAAGAGUGAUCCGGAAUCGGCCUUGAAGGAAUGGUCUCAUGGUCUGCAGGACAUUCUCGGUGAAAUUGUCGACAAUGGCGGCUUGGGUGAAGGUGUUCCUGGGAGCGGUGACGCGCUCGAGAGUGACGAGGAGGACCUGGAUGAUGAUGAAUCGGACUCCAAGGCAAACGGCCGGAAAAAGAACAAGGCUCAAUUGGUCGUCGACUUGGAGGAUAUCAAGUUCAGCUCCGAGACUGGAUCCAGCGCCCCUAUCCCCGUGGACUUCACCACGGGAGGAAAGCCGGCUGCGCCCGCAACUGAAAAGGAAAUGGUUCCGAAGACCUCGCCUACUUAUGCCGCACUCACGAAGCAAGGAUACACGAUUGUUGGUUCGCAUUCCGGUGUCAAGAUCUGUCGCUGGACUAAGUCUGCCCUGCGUGGUCGCGGCUCAUGCUACAAGUACUCUUUCUAUGGUAUUCGCUCUCACCUUUGCAUGGAGGCCACUCCUUCCCUUUCCUGCAGCAACAAAUGUAUCUUCUGCUGGCGACACGGCACCAACCCUGUCGGUACCACCUGGCGCUGGAAGGUUGAUGACCCGGAACUCAUCUUCAAUGGAGUCAAGGAGGGCCAUUACAAGAAGAUUAAGAUGAUGCGGGGUGUUCCUGGUGUGCGUGCGGAGCGGUUUGCGGAAGCCAUGCGUAUCCGUCACUGCGCCCUCAGCUUGGUCGGCGAGCCCAUCUUCUAUCCCCAUAUCAACCGGUUCCUGGACAUGCUGCACAGCGAGCAUAUCUCCAGUUUCCUUGUCUGUAACGCCCAACACCCUGACCAACUCGAAACCCUGCAUCGUGUGACCCAACUGUAUGUCUCCAUCGACGCGAGUAACCGCGAGAGUCUGCGGAAGAUCGAUCGGCCCCUCCACCGCGACUUCUGGGAGCGCUUCCAGCGCUGUCUCGAUAUUCUGCGGGAGAAGCGCCACGUCCAGCGGACGGUUUUCCGUCUUACGCUCGUCAAGGGAUUCAACGUCGAUGACGAGGUGAUUGGAUAUGCAAACCUGGUUGAAAAGGCUUUGCCGUGCUUUGUCGAGAUCAAGGGCGUGACCUACUGUGGUACGAGCACCAGUGCAGGAGCUGGACUGACCAUGCAGAACGUUCCUUUCUAUGAGGAAGUUCAGCAGUUUGUUACGUCCCUUAACAAAGAAUUGGAGCGCCGUGGACUGAAGUAUGGCAUUGCGGCCGAACACGCCCACAGUUGCUGUGCACUCAUCGCAUCAGAGCGUUUCCACGUCAAUGGAAAAUGGCACUCUCGGAUUGAUUACGAUCGUUUCUUCCAGCUUCUGGAGAAGGAGAAGGCCGAUGGCACCUCGUUCACCCCCGAGGAUUACAUGAAGGAAACCGAGGAAUGGGCCAUGUGGGGCAACGGAGGCUUCGACCCGAACGACGAGCGUGUCUACAAGAAAGGCAAGAAGAAGGCCAUCCAGGCUGCAGCAGAAGCUCAGGGAUGAUAGCUCCACGGGUCUAUGCCUAUGACGGGGCUCCAACAAGCCGAUUGAAGGACCUGAUCCCUGUACUCGGCUCAAAGCUACAGCUUGCUCAACGCCGUUCAGCGAGCCUAUCAGGUCUGCAGUCUACUGGAUAGGAUUGCGUUAGACGAUAUGAUUAUCGCUCCGAUGUUGGACUGGCAUCGCCGUGGGAAAUUGACAGUGCGUCAGGCUUUCUAGCAACAGCAUCGUUCCAAGCAAUUUAGUUCACUGGCAGAACGUUCGGAUUGCCAUGGCCUACGUGCCUGCAUGAUAUUCGACAGGCCGGUAGAUUUCACCUCAUGACUUCUUGUAUCUAGUUCAGAUUACGAAAUGACAUAUACUAUGAUAUCU